AUGAUCCGCUAUCGAGGAAUCUUGAAACACUCCCUCUCAGCUGGCCGUUUGCUACGAAGUCGAGGAAUUCACGCGACAUUGGCGCGUCGAAAUGAAGCCACUGAAGAGCUUUACGAUCCGAAAGCCGUGGAACGGGUUGAGGACGAAACGGAUGUUUGUAUAGUUGGCGCAGGACCCGCCGGUCUCAGUGCUGCUAUUCGUAUCAAGCAAUUGGAACGCGAAAAAGGAAAGGAGGUCCGUGUUGUAGUAUUGGAAAAAGGCGGAGAAGCUCGCAUAUCCUCUCUGGAUGCACCACUGGGCCAAGCGGCUACCUCAAGCAAAAUGUUGUAUCUUACAGAAAAGUUGGCUCUGCCGGUACCACACCCCCCUCAGAUGGGAAACAAUGGAAAUUAUAUAAUAUCUCUCUCGGCAUUUACGCGCUGGCUGGCGACUGUCGCGGAACAACAUUAUGGCGUUGAAAUCUAUCCCGGAUUUUCGGGCGCGGGUUUGUUAUUCAGCGAGGACGCAAAGGCGGAGGAUCCGUGGAAUGGGUGGGACGGGAAGUGGGGCAAAGAGGUCACUCGCAUAUCGCCCAAAUCCAGCUCAACAUCAUCGGGAAAGAUGAAAAGCGUGCAGGGUGUUAUUACCAACGACGUCGGUAUUUCACGCACCGGCCACCUCAAGUCGAAUUUUGAACCUGGAAUGGUCUUCCGUUCAAAGGUGACGCUACUCGCUGAGGGAGCUCAUGGAAGUCUGAGUAAACAAGUAUUGGGGAAGUAUAACUUGCGGAAGGAGAGUGAGCCGCAAACUUAUGGCUUUGGCGUUAAGGAGGUAUGGCGUGUUGCUGCAGAAGACGGAAGUCAAAACAACGGGCGAUACAAACCAGGGGAAGUGGUUCACACACUUGGUUGGCCCAUUGACCCGCAGACAUAUGGCGGUGGUUGGGUGUACCACAUGGAUGGCGGACUAGUAAGCUUGGGACUGGUCGUUGGGGCGGAUUGGAAAAAUCCGUAUAGGGAACCGUAUCGAGAUUUCCAGAUGAUGAAGCACCACCCUUAUUUUAGGAAGCUUUUGACGGCGUCCGACUCAUCGUUCACACCAACCCGUAUCGCUUACGGAGCUCGCGUGUUGACAGAAGGAGGUCUGCAAUCUAUCCCCCUUCUUCAUUUCCCCGGUGGUGCACUCAUUGGUUGCUCCGCUGGGUUCGUCAACAUCGCCAAGAUCAAGGGCGUCCAUAAUGCUAUGAAGACAGGGAUGCUGGGCGGCGAGGGUGCAUUCAAUGCGCUUGAAAAAGCGGACGAAGAUACACCUACCGACCUCUCAUCGUAUUCGCGCGCCUUUACCAAUUCGUGGGUGUAUGACGACUUAAAUGAGGUUAGAAAUAUACGGCCCUCGUUUGCGACAAGCUUGGGAAUGUGGGGCGGAGUGGCUUACUCGGGUAUAGAUACGUUGCUAUUGAAGGGCCGUACCCCUUGGACUUUCCGGCACACGAAGGAGGAGACACGAAGGGAAUACAUUAACGCCACGCCAUCAUUCGACUCUGCGCAUACGGAACCUGCAUCCAAACAUAAACCGAUCAAAUAUCCUCCCUUUGAACCGCCGUUAUCGACUGAUUUGAUGACAAGUGUAAUGUUGACUGCAACGGACCACGUUGAGGACCAGGUACCGCAUCUGAGGGUCACUACUAUGAAGGAUUAUAUCAAAGAUUGGUACGGCGAAGGAGAGGAAGGAGAACUGGACGCUCAAGCCAGGCGAAGGAAGCACGUGGAAGUUAAUGUCGGUGAAUAUGCUGGCCUACUCGGCCGUGCCUGCCCCGCUGGAGUUUAUGAAUAUGUCGAUGAUGAGGCCUUUAAAACGUCGGAGGACGGAGAGGGUGCUAAAGGCAAGAAACUGGUAAUCAAUGCUCAGAAUUGUAUUCAUUGUAAGCUUUGCGACGUGAAGGUGCCUUCUCAGGACAUUACAUGGACAGUCCCCGAAGGUGGAGGAGGUCCGAAAUACACUGUUACAUAA